CAUCACGAUGCUGCUCAUGAAAUCAUCGAGACCAUCCGAUGGGUCUGUGAAGAAAUCCCGGAUCUCAAGCUUGCCAUGGAGAAUUAUGUUCUGAUCGACUAUGACACCAAGAGCUUCGAGAGCAUGCAGCGGCUCUGUGACAAGUACAACCGGGCCAUCGACAGCAUCCACCAACUGUGGAAGGGCACCACGCAGCCCAUGAAGCUGAACACGCGGCCGUCCAACGGGCUCCUGCGGCACAUCCUGCAGCAGGUUUACAACCACUCGGUGACCGACCCCGAGAAGCUCAACAACUACGAGCCCUUCUCCCCCGAGGUGUACGGGGAGACCUCCUUUGACCUGGUGGCCCAGAUGAUCGACGAGAUCAAGAUGGCCGAGGACGACCUGUUCGUGGACUUGGGUGCAGGGGUGGGCCAAGUCGUGCUCCAGGUCGCAGCGGCCACUAACUGCAAGCAUCACUAUGGCGUCGAGAAAGCGGAUAUCCCGGCCAAGUACGCGGAGACCAUGGACCGAGAGUUCAGGAAGUGGAUGAAAUGGUAUGGAAAAAAGCAUGCCGAAUACACAUUGGAGAGGGGUGACUUCCUCUCGGAAGAGUGGCGGGAGCGCAUCGCCAACACGAGUGUCAUCUUUGUGAAUAACUUUGCCUUUGGCCCGGAGGUGGAUCACCAGCUGAAGGAGCGCUUUGCGAACAUGAAGGAAGGUGGCAGAAUUGUGUCCUCGAAACCUUUUGCGCCUCUAAACUUCAGAAUAAACAGUAGAAACUUGAGUGACAUCGGCACGAUCAUGCGCGUGGUGGAGCUGUCGCCCCUGAAGGGCUCGGUGUCGUGGACGGGGAAGCCGGUCUCCUACUACCUGCACACCAUUGACCGGACCAUACUUGAAAACUAUUUUUCUAGUCUGAAAAAUCCAAAACUCAGGGAGGAACAGGAGGCCGCACGGCGCCGGCAGCAGCGUGAGAACAAGAGCAAUGCAACCACCCCCACCAAGGUCCCCGAGAGCAAGGCAGCUGGCCCCGCAGAUGCCCCCACGGACUCUGGUGCUGAGGACGAGAAGGUGGGGGCCGCCGUCGUCAAGAAGCCGUCGCCCUCUAAGGCCCGCAAGAAGAAGCUGAACAAGAAGGGGCGGAAGAUGGUGGGCCGCAAGCGCGGGCGCCCCAAGAAGAUGAGUACCGCGAACCCCGAGCGCAAACCCAAGAAGAGCCAAACCGCACUGGAUCUCCUGCACGCGCAGACCGUGUCCCAGACGGCAUCCUCCUCGCCCCAGGAUGCCUACAGGUCCCCUCGCAGCCCGUUCUACCAGCUACCUCCGAGCGUGCAGAGGCACUCCCCCCACCCGCUGCUGGGGGCGCCCACCCCACCUGCGCUGCAGAAGCUGCUAGAAUCCUUCAAGAUUCAGUACUUGCAGUUCUUGGCCUACACAAAGACUCCCCAGUACAAGGCCAACCUGCAGCAGUUGCUGGACCAGGAGAAGGAGAAGAACGCCCAGCUGCUGGGCACGGCGCAACAGCUCUUCAGCCACUGCCAGGCUCAGAAGGAGGAGAUCAGGAGGCUGUUCCAGCAGAAGCUGGACGAGCUGGGUGUAAAGGCCCUCACCUACAACGACCUGAUCCAGGCCCAGAAGGAGAUCUCUGCGCACAACCAGCAGCUGCGCGAGCAGUCUGAGCAGCUGGAGCGAGACAACAGCGAGCUGCGCAGCCAGAGCCUGCAGCUGCUCAAGGCCCGCUGCGAGGAGCUGAAGCUGGACUGGGCCACGCUGUCCCUGGAGAAACUGCUGAAGGAGAAACAGGCCCUGAAGAGCCAGAUCUCCGAGAAACAGCGGCACUGCCUGGAGCUGCAGAUCAGCAUCGUGGAGCUGGAAAAGAGCCAGCGGCAGCAGGAGCUCCUGCAGCUCAAGUCUUGCGUGCCGCCCGAUGACGUGCUGUCUGUGCACCUGCGUGGGAAGGGCGUGCCAGGCCGUGAGCUGGAGGCGGAGCCCGGCCGGCCGCACCUGGAGCUGGACGGCGCCAAGUUCCCGCUGCCCCAGCUGAGUGGCAUGAGCCCCGAACUCUCCAUGAACGGCCACGCUGCUGCCUAUGAGCUGUGUGGUGCACUUAGCCGGCCCGCGUCCAAGCAGAACACACCGCAGUACCUGGCGUCGCCCCUAGACCAGGAGGUAGUGCCCUGCACCCCCAGCCACGGUGGCCGGCCGCGCCUGGAGAAACUGUCUGGUCUGGCUGUGCCCGACUAUACCCGGCUCUCGCCUGCCAAGAUCGUGCUCAGGAGGCAUCUGAGCCAGGACCACGCAGUCUCCGGCAAGGCCAGCGAGCUGCACCCACGAGUCGAGCCUGCCAAGGAGAACGGCCUGCCCUACCAGAGCCCCAGCAUGGCCGGCAGCAUGAAGCUGAGCCCUCGGGACCCGCGCCCCAUGUCCCCGGGGGCCCUGCAGAUUCCCGGAGAGAAAAGCAGCGAGAAGGGCCUGAGAGAGCGCGCCUACGGCGGCGGCGGCGAGCCUAUCACCAGCCUGCCCAUCAGCAUCCCGCUCAGCACGGUGCAGCCCAACAAGCUCCCGGUCAGCAUCCCCCUGGCCAGCGUGGUGCUGCCCAGCCGCGCCGAGAGGGCGAGGAGCACCCCGAGUCCAGUGCCGCAGCCUCGAGAGUCCUCGUCCACACUUGAAAAGCAGAUUGGUGCUAACCCCCACGGUGCUGGGAGCAAGAGCCUUGCCCUGGCCCCUGCAGGCUUCUCCUACACUGGCUCGGUGGCCAUCAGCGGUGCCCUGGCCGGCAGCCCGGCCUCCCUCGGCCCCGGGUCUGAGGCGGCCGCCUUCGACGAGUCCUCCAGCUCGGGGAGCCUGUUUGCCACUGUGGGGUCUCGCAGCUCAACUCCCCAGCACCCUCCGUUGCUAGUGCAGCCCCGAAACUCGCGCCCGGCCUCUCCCGCCCACCAGCUCUCCGCCAGCCCCCGGCUCGGUGGGGCUGCCCCAGGCCCACUCCCCGACUCCAGCAAGGGGGACCUGCCCUCAGAUUCUGGGUUUUCGGACCCGGAGAGCGAGGCCAAGAGGAGGGUCGUCUUCACCAUCUCUGCGGGCAGCUCCAAGCAGUCACCUUCCAGCAAGCACAGCCCCCUGGCUGCGGGUGCCCGCGGGGAUGGCCAGAGCCAUGGGCAGGACAGCCGCAAGCGGGGUCGGCGGAAGGUCAGCAACAUCAACCAGCCUCUGGAGAUCACGGCCAUCUCAUCCCCCGAGACCUCGCUGAAGAGCUCCCCCGCGCCCUACCAGGACCACGACCAGCCCCCCGUGCUCAAGAAGGAGCGGCCCCUGAGCCAGCCCAACGGGGCACACUACUCCCCGCUCACCUCGGACGAGGAGCCUGGCUCUGAGGACGAGCCCGGCAGUGCCCGAAUCGAAAGGAAAAUCGCAACAAUCUCCCUAGAAAGCAAAUCUCCCCCCAAAACCUUGGAAAAUGGCGGCCCCUUGGCAGGCCGGAAGCCAGCGCCCGCGGGCGAGCCCAUCAACAGCAGCAAGUGGAAAUCCACCUUCUCGCCCAUCUCCGACAUUGGCCUGGCCAAGUCUGCGGACAGCCCGCUGCAGGCUGGCUCUGCCCUGAGCCAGAACUCCUUGUUCGCCUUCCGGCCUGCAGCAGACGAGCCCGCCGCCGACACCAAGCUGGCCGCCCACCCCCGGAAAGGCUUCCCCGGCUCCCUGGCGGGUGCCGACGGGCCCAGCCCCAACAGCAAGCCCUCCAAUGGCUUCGCUUUCGGCGGGGGCCUGGCCACAGACCUCAGUUUACACAGCUUCGGCGACGGUGCUCCCCUGCCCAAGGGCCCCGAGGCGGCCGGCCUGGGCGCCCCGCUCAGCUUUCCUUCGCAGCGGGGCAAGGAGGCCUCAGAGGCCAACCCCUUCCUGAACAAGAGGCAGCUGGACGGCCUGGCCGGCCUGAAGGGCGAGGGCGGCAAGGCCAAGGAGGCGGCCGAGCCCGUGGACAAGGGCGCCCUGUCGCUCAGCAAGACCAAGGGCCGGGACCGCGAGCUGGACCUCAAGAACGGCCACAACCUCUUCAUCUCGGCGGCCGCCGUGCCCCCGGGGGGCCUCCUCAGCAGCCCUGGCCUGGCCCCGGCGGCGUCCUCCACAGCCGGCGUGGCCCCCUCCGCCCAGACGCACCGGCCCUUCCUGGGCGCCUUCCCCCCCGGGCCGCAGUUCGCCCUGGGCCCCAUGUCCCUGCAGGCCAACCUCAGCUCAGUGGCCGGCUCGUCCGUGCUGCAGUCGCUGUUCAGCUCCGUGCCGGCCGCCGCGGGCCUGGUGCACGUGUCGUCUGCUGCCACCCGCCUGACCAACUCGCACGCCAUGGGCAACUUCUCCUCCGGGGUGGCUGGCGGCACAGUUGGAGGUAACUAGGACUUCUACCUCAUCCGCGCGACUAUGCAAGGACGGUGUGGACCAACUCGCCGCUGCUCGGUGCUGCGGCCUCCGGGCUCCCCACGCACGCGGGACGAGGCGGAGCCCACUGUGAAUCGGCCGCCGCAGGAGGCUGGGACUGGUCCAGUUUGUACUGUCGAUAGUUCUAGAUAAAGUAUUUAUCGUUUUCUAAA